AUGCAGCGAGGGUGCUUGAGUGCAUCCCAGCCGUCGGGCCAUCCCUCCGAGGACACCACCCUCAUCCGUCAGAUCUUCGGCGGGACUUGCAGCUCUCAGAUCCAGUGUGUCCACUGCCUCGGUGUCUCAGACACGUUCGACCCUUAUCUGGACAUCAGCCUGGAUACCACCGCGGCUCAGAGUGUGGAGCAAGCUCUGAGAGAGCUGGUGAAGCCCGAGAAGCUGCACGUUGAAAAUGCCUAUGACUGUGGCGUUUGUCUCCGGAAAGUGCCUGCCACCAAGAGGUUGACUUUGCACAGGACGUCCCAGGUCCUGGUGCUGGUGCUGAAGCGGUUCACACAGUCCCGGGAGGGUGCGUGGCAAGGGGGUGCUGGGGGAGGGUCUGCGGCCCCCCUCACGCCUGACCCCACACACCCCGGGGAACCUGACCCUGCCGGCCCCGGGGAGCCUGUGGGCGAAGCCAGCGGCAGAGCUCCUGGGACACAGGUGUCCCCGGGGGCCACAGAGGUCGAAGGAAUCAGCUUAGAGCAGUGGAGACGCCUAAAAGAGCACAACCGGCCGAAGACGGCCUCCGACCUCUGCAAGAUCCAGUCGGCCCUGCCUGCCGGCCCAGUCGUGAUUCACCAGUCCAAACACGGAGCAGGGAGAAACGGCAAGCUGCCCGAAGAGGAGCACGACCGGCUCGACCGUUCCAGCAUGCACAGCCCGCCUCCGGGCCCAAUGAGCGUUGGCAACGGCCCUUGUGCCAGCGGGAGGGCCCGAGCGACCAAGAGGAAAAACAAGAAGCCGCGGCCAUCUCUGGGGCUGUGGCGAGGGCAAGGUAGUCGUCCCAGCGCCGCUGGUGCGGAUGCCCUUCGGGGACCCUCUGUCCCUGAGGUGUCAUCGCCGGCACUUGGUUGGCCCCAGCGGGGUGACUUGGCUCCUGGGUCGGCAGGGCUGGCGCCUGGCCACCAAGUCGCCCUGAGCUGGAGGGGGCCGUGGGGGGUCGGGGCUGGGCUUCAGAAUCUGGGGAACACCUGCUACGUGAAUGCAGUGCUGCACUGUCUGAGCCACACGCCACCCCUGGCCCGCUGGAAUGUGUCCCAGCAGCACGCCACCCUCUAUCCGGCCCGAACCUCCUGCACGCUCUGUGCUGGGCGAGCUCACGAGACCCGAACCCUCCUUCACCCGGGAGAGGUGAUCCGGCCCCGCAAGGACCUGCCGGCGGGCUUCCACAGACACUAG